GCCGGUGAACGCUGAGUGUGUGAUAUGAGCCCGUCUGUGAGGAUGUGAGAGGUAUUCCGACGGUAUUAUGAUCGCCAGGAGCUGCUUUAUUGCAUUAAACAGUGAGGAUCUGCAGUGAUGUCCUCCAAUCAGGGCUCGUCGCCGAUCCCUCAGUGCAGUGGAGCAGGAGGAGGAACCAGCGAUGGGUUUUUCCGGAAACACAGAGAGCCUCCACUGGCCCCCAAACACUACCGGACGGCCCGCUCGCUGCCGGACGUUUGUCCUAAAGAGCCCACCGGUGAUGGCGGUGGUCUGUGCGAGGGUCCGUCGGUGGUGGCCGAUCAGCACCGCUGGACUGUGUAUAACUCUAAAGUGAAUCUCCCCGCGGCCCUCAAUGACCCCCGGCUGGCUAAGAGAGAGUCCGACUUCUUCACGAAGACCUGGGGUUUGGAUUUCAGCGAGACCGAAGUCAUGCCUUCAUUCUACCUGCCCAACAUCACCCGAGAACACUUCAGCUCAUACCUGCAGGACACGGCUCAGAGGGAGAAGAUUCACGAGCGCUGUAAGAACAUUUGCCCAAACAAAGAUGAUCUGUCAGUGUCCAGCAUCACUAACAAUCACGAAAAAGCCCGAGCUGAACUGGAGCAGGUGCCCAAGAUCUUCAUGAAGCCGGAGUUUGUGCUGAAUGAUCCCGCCACCUUUAAUGCCGUGUUGCCGUGGUCUCACUUCAGCGUCGCUGGGGGAAAGAAUAGCAGAGAUGUUGCUUCAUCACGGUUACUACAGGAAAAGUUGAGUCAUUAUCUGGACGUGGUGGAGGUGAGCAUCGCUCGUCAGAUCUCUCUUCGCUCCGAGGCCUUUUUCCACGCCAUGUCAUCUCAGCACGAGCUGCAAGACCGGCUGCGCGAGACCGCGGACGCCGUGGCCAAACUCCGUGCCCGAACCGCUGCCAUCGACCGGGUGAUGUGCCGCGGGCCGCUGCGGGUGCUGCGCGACGCUCUGACGCGCAACAACUGCAUCAAACUGCACAACAAGCUGAAGCUGAUGGCGGCCGUGCACCAGACGCAGCCCACCGUGCAGCUGCUACUUUCCACGUCAGAGUUCGUGGGGGCGCUAGAGCUCAUCGCCACCACCAAAGAAGUGCUGCAGCAGGAACUGCAGGGCAUUCACAGCUUCAGGCAUCUGGGAUCUCAGCUGUGUGAGAUGGAGAGGCUGAUUGAUAAGAUGAUGGUGGCGGAUUUCUCCACGUACGCUCAGAGUGACCUCAGCCGACCCUUAGAGGAGGACAGUCAGGUGCUGGAGAAGGAUCGUUUGCAAUCUCUGGUGUUUGGGCUGUUGCGGCAGAGGAAGCUGGAUUUCCUGGACAUCUACAGUGAAGAGAUGAUCCGCGCAGCUAAAAACGUGGUCCGGCAGUGUGUUGUGAAGUCCCUCUCUCAGGUCAGCGAGGUCGAUGCAGACACUGUCAGGAUUCAUGAACAGAUGCGCUUGAUGGCGUUUCAUCAUUGGUUUGAUCUGCUGCUGGAUAUAUUUGAACACUUUAUCUUGUUCCUCAAAAGGAUCAAGGCGACACUCAGUGUCAUCCGUAAUGUAGUGCUGGAAGUGCUGGACAGCAGCCAGAGGAGUCGACUAGCAGACAAUACAACAGCCUCCAAUCAUACAGACAGCAGAGCCAAUGAAGAUGAGGAGGAGGAGUCAGGAGGCCCCGCCCUUCAUCCAGGAGAGGCGGAGCUUGCAUACCUCACUCACGAGGGUCUGUUCAUCAGUGACGCUCUGAAUGAAGCAGAGCAGCGCAGCGUUACAACAGCAGCACAAACACAGGCCAGAGCACAGACGCCAUGUGCGGACGCCUGCGGGAGCGACUCGGCCUCCGCAACCACUGAAUCCUCCUCCAGCAGGGAACACAACUCCAACACUACCUCCUGCCUGCCUGUAGGGGCCGCCGCCGCUGCACUUGAGGACGUCAUGCCAUCUGAUCUGGAGUUGGGUCGAGUGGCCAAUAACGUUCAGGAGCUGCUGUACGCGGCGUCAGAUGUCAGUCACGACCGCUGCGUCAAAGUGCUGAUGACCAGAGCCAAGGACGGCUCUCUGGAGCGCCUGAGCUCGUCAGAGUUUGUGUGUUUGAGUCAGGCGGUGGAGUCGUUUGUCAAAGACACUGAAGAGCUGUGCGGCAGGCGCAGUGUCAGCCUGAGGGGGGCGCUGCAGAGUCAGGCCAACCGCUUCGUACAGAGAUUCCACGAGGAGCGCAAGACCAAACUCAGUCUGCUGCUGGAUAAUGAGCGCUGGAAACAGGCUGAGGUUCCUGCUGAGUUUCAGGAUCUGGUCGACUCCAUCGCUGACGGACGAAUCUCUCUGCCUGAGCGCAAACACAGCAGCGGGUCCGAGGACAGGAAGCCCACUGAGUUUCUGUGUGUGGACGGACAGAAGUAUGCGGUGGUCGGGACGGUGCUGCUGCUGAUCCGCAUGUUUCUGGAGUACUGCCAGUGUGUGAACGACAUUCCCUCCAUCACCACUGACAUCAUCACACGCCUCGCCGACCUGCUCAAGCACUUCAACUCUCGCUGCUGUCAGCUGGUUCUCGGUGCUGGAGCUCUGCAGGUUGUGGGACUCAAAACCAUCACCACCAGAAACCUGGCUCUGGCGUCUCGCUGUCUUCAGCUGGUGGUUCACUACAUCCCUGUGAUCAGAGCGCACUUUGAGACGCGACUGCAGCCCAAACAGUACAGCAUACUGAGACACUUUGAUCACAUCACCAAGGACUAUAAUGACCACAUCGCGGAGGUCUCCGCUAAGCUGGUGGCCAUCAUGGACAGUAUGUUUGAGAAGGCUCUGUCGAAGUAUGAGGUGAAGGCGCCGAUGCCGUCUGCGUGUUUGCGUAACGUGUGUAAGCAGAUGCUGAAGAUGCACGAGGCCAUUCACGAGCUGCUGCCGGAGGAGCAAACACAGAUGCUGUUCCUCAGGAUAAACGCCAGCUUUAAGCUGCACCUGAAGAGACAGUUGUCACGGCUGGGGGUCAGCAAUGAUGGAGGACCACAGAAUGGGCUGGUGAUGGUGGACGUGGCGUUUUACUCCGAGAACGUUCAGGGUUUGCGCUUUCUGGAGCGUCUGGACUUGAAUAUGCCAGAGAUCUGGGAGCAGAAGAGGUGAUGACGGACAGCUCGUCUCAGCCAAUCAGGACUCUUCGUCACGCCCACCAUCAGUGACCUGCUCCGCCCCUCAAUCUGAGCAGGAAGUGAGGUCAGUGGACUGCAGGUGUGUUUUGUGUUUAACACCUGUUCUCCAGCAGCUCCUCGCCCUCCCGCCGACAAGAGCACUUUCAGGGCCUGGAGGGCACACACUUCUGUAUUACCAAGACAAAUGACGGGUUUCUUGUGGAGACCAAAUCAGGACACACUUGUGUGGUUGACCAAUCGCAGCCGGGGAUUAUGGGAAAUGUGUUUUUUUUGUUGUUGUGUAAAGCGAGACGCGUCCUCAGUGCCUCCUUCAGUACCGCCACUACAGUGCAACUUUCCAUAUGUGUGCAAUUCUGUCCCAUUAUCAUUAUUAUUGUUAUUAUUGCUGAUUUAUUUAAUCACUGUCAGAGGAAUCAAUGAAUGGUUAUUUAUUUUAAUUGAUUUUGUUGUUGAUUUGUCAAUCAUGUCGAGGAAAGCUUUCAGGCGAUGACGGCGGAGUACUAAAAAGGGUUUUAAACGCACACCGCUGGCCUGUUUUUCCUCCAGAAUAGUGACUUUUACAUGGUUGUCCUGUUCAGGGGGGAUGAGUUCAAAGUAUUAAAGCUCAAGAUUCUCGUCUGUGAGGAGACUUUAAAAAUGAAGAAGAUAUUAAUCUGUCAGCAAACGUAUUCAGCUAAAGCUUUGCUAGAUUAACUACUCCAGAUAUUGGUCACAUUGACUCCAGGAUCUAAUUAUGAACAGGCGAUGUGUUCUGAAGCCGUCUGUGUUCUUGCAGAGCUGCAUCCAAGUCUAUAAUGAUAAUGAAGAAUUAUUUAAUCUUAAACUCGUGUCCUUUGCGAAACCACGGGAUGAUCUUGUCUCUCCUGAAGCCCCAGUCUUAAAGUAACCCCGCCUCUUCUCCAGUGCUCAUUUGAAUAAAUUUGGUUGAGCUUUUAAAUAAUUAAUCGUGACUAAUUAUGUACAAAGUAAAGGUUUACAUAAUAUGCUCACUUCACACAAGUAUAUAAAUAUAUAUACACACACACACACA